AUGGCAAAGCGCUACAACAAGCUUGUUGAUGCGGCGGAGAAUGUGUGGCCAAGGAACACGGGCUCUAUCGCUGCUCUUGUACGUCGAGCGCUCGCCCGGACUGGCAUCAUCGGCAGCCUUGCCUCUCGCUUUGUGGUGCCCUCCAAAACAAAGCAUCAAAAGCAGGCACGCAAAUCUGCCAAACGCAUGGAGGGCUUCGAGAAAGAGUUGCUGCGAAAGGUCAACGAUCCAACUGAUGCCAUGGACAUGGAGCAUGCUAUCCAGAAGCUGUGUGAUACCAGCCCCCCCGUGAAGGAGCAGAAGUCACCCGCGUGCGAUGUUCCACCUAUCACGAACACCGAUGCUCCGCCCUCACAUACCCGACCUGUCGUCACCCGCGGUCACCCUCGCAAUACCGACAGGCUCAGCCUAGUCUGCGUAGAUGUCAACCCCGGCGAUGUUGCCGCCAACAACGAGGUCGAUUUCGACUAUGAAAGAGGUUUUGAGGAAUGGGUAGCUCCGAUUUACUGUUCUCUGGGGAAAUUGACACUAGAACCAUCCGCUGGCCACGCCGCAGAGCACGACGCCAUGCUGCCCAACGUCCAUGUGGGGGAACACGGGGACGAUGAGUGGGCUCUCCCCUCGUCGUACGUCUCUGUUGAUGACGAAAACGAUCCUUCCAUCCACGCAACAGAGAGCUCAGCCGACGAAGAUGACCCGCUCGCAGUGGAGGAAGAGGCGGUUAACGCUAUGGACACUGGAAUCAGUGUUGCAAGGCGUCCGAAGGGUGUGAGCGUGGCUCGCCUAAGGAACACGCCAGCGCCAGCGCUGGAGACGACAACAUCGUUGUCAAUGGCGGUCGUUUCUUUCGCCCCUCUCUGA